AUGGGAAGGUUGGACCUGCUCUCCGGAGACCUGAGCCAGGCUGAGAGGGCGGGCGACGGCGGAGGUGUUACUCGCCCGAGGGGCCUGCGGGUGUGGAGAGCUUCAGACAGGAGAGUCCAGGCUGUGGGAGCAGAGCCCCAGCGUCUUGUCGUGCAGCCGGUCCGGUCGCCGGUCCGGUCGCCUCCUCUCCCAGGGAUCCCUCCAGAGCCCUCUGUGCGCUUCCCGGAGCAGCGGACGAUGAACACAUCUCUGGAAUUGGUGUCCUUUGAGGACGUGGCUGUGAACUUCUCCUGGGAGGAGUGGCAGGACCUGGAUGAUGCUCAGAGGACCCUGUACAGGGCCGUGAUGCUGGAGACCUACAGUAGCCUGGUGUCACUGGGGCACUGCAUUUCUAAACCUGAGGUGAUUGUCAAGUUGGAGCAAGGAGCAGAGCCGUGGGCUGUAGGGGAAGCCCCAACCCAGUGCCUCCCAGGUCAGUGAGUGCAUACUGGGCAGGGGUCUAUGAAGAGGAGAGCUGAUGUUGGCCGUGCUGGGCUGUUUUCCCAGGUGCUUUUCCCAGGUCCAGACCUCAGGACAGUGAGUCUGCAUGGAUCACACUCCUGCCUUCUUCAGUCUCACAGUAUGGCUCUCACCCACAAAUGUCCCCUGCCUUUUUUAAUUGCCCACUCUUUUCCUAGACUUAUCCAAAAUCCAUUCCUUACCUGCCUCCUCUUAGAAUAUCUUUCUUCGUUAGCCGUUGUCUCUGGGUUCAAAGAUGCCCUCCUUUCCUCCAUUCUCAAGCACUGUUUUCUUUCGAGUGUUUAUUUAUACCCUCAUUUAUUCUUUCAACACAGGUUAAGCAUGGGUCAUCUUGUAGUUGUGGGGAUUACAGUGGUAAUCAAAUACAUGCCGUCCUUUCUAGGAGAUUACUUUCAGUUGAGUCAGAAUGAAGCAAAUACACAAAACAGUAAGAAGUGGGUAACAAUCAGAAAUAAUGUUUUACCACUCUGAGAGAAAAACUGGGGUGUGUUAUUUUAGUAGGGAAGCCCAGAGAAAGUAUUUUUGAGGGAAUUAUCAAGACUUUACUUUCAGAUAGCUUUAACCUGAGGUGAUAAUUUAGAUUUUCCAGUGUUGACAACAUAACCCAUACAGGGUAUAAUGUCUGGAGUAGAGAUUGGGUGUCACUAUUAGAAGCUGCAAACUAGAACAAUCUUUAGCCUGACUGGUAUUUGAGGCACAGGAUGAGAGGAGGUUGCCCAGGUAGUUGUUAAGGAAAUAAGAGAGCGCAGGACCAAGCCUUGUCAAGCGCGGAAUCAGUGUCACAGGGGGGCGGAGAACCAUGCACAGGUUGCAGUGUGGAAAGGGU